UUGAGCUCGCUGAGUAGACACCAUGAGCAAAGCCCACCCUCCCGAGCUGAAAAAAUUUAUGGACAAGAAAUUAUCAUUGAAAUUAAAAGGUGGCAGACAUGUUCAAGGAAUAUUGCGGGGGUUCGAUCCAUUUAUGAAUCUUGUGAUAGAUGAAUGUGUGGAGAUGGCAACUAGUGGGCAACAGAACAAUAUUGGAAUGGUGGUAAUACGAGGAAAUAGUAUCAUGUUAGAAGCCUUAGAACGAGUAUAAACAAUGGAUGUGUUCAUCAGAAGAAUCAACUGCUUCCACAUGUCCCCUUCUCCAUAGUACCUGUUUUACUACAAUAUAAAAAUCAGAUCGUGUGCAUUUUCAUAUUGAGCUUUU